AACCGAAACCACGCGAGUUAAUACGCGUAACGCGCCUACCCCCCGUGACCCCAAACGCUCUUCGUUCUGCUUCCCGUCCGCGGCAUAAAGCGCUCGCCUUUCCCUUUCCCUUUCCCGUUCCCCUCCGUCGCAGGCACCUCCGCUCGCAACCAGAUCUCGCCCAGCUGCCUACCUCCGCCGAGCUCGCUCAGGCUCAGCUCCCUAUCCACACCCGCCACCGUCCACUCUCAAUCCGCGCUGGUUCAUCUCUCUUCCCUGUCGGUGGCAUUGCGCUGACCUGGUCCGUCUCUUCCUCCCAACGCGUUUAUUCCUACUGGAUUGUGGAUUCUGGGCUGGAUUUGGCGGGCGAUACGACGGUGGCGCGCCGAGUUCUCGACUGAUUGCUGGAUCGGGCGGCGGCCGGAUGGGCUGCACGGGGUCCAGGCACGCGUUGCGGGGCGGCGUCCGCAAGUCCUUCGCGCGGAGCCGCUCCGGCCCGGCCACGGUGGUGCACCACACCGUCGCGCUCAAGUCCUCCACCCUCGGCUCCCUCAGCCUCGACCGGGACGAGGAGAUGAUCAAGUGGCGCGCCGACACCUCCGCCGGCGCCGCCACCAAGAAGACCACGCCGGCCCCGGCGCCACCGCAGCCGCAGCCGGCGAGGCGGCAGAGGCAGCAGGCGCCCGUCGUCGCGCCGGCCAAGACGCCGGCCCGCGAGCCCCCCGAGGUGAUCAAUGUGUGGGAGCUCAUGGAGGGCCUCGACGACGCCACCAAGAACGCCGAGGAGGUCGCCGAUGGCGCGGACGAGCCGCGGGAGCCCUCGCCGGAGUUCGACCCGGACGUCAUCUCGGAGUUCCGGAAGGCGCUCGGCGAGGUCUCCCCGCCGCGGGACUGCCAGGGAGGCGACGGAGACCUGGUUAGGAAGCGCGAGAUACAGCGGUUCCCGGGCAUCGUGCGCGCGCGGGUCAGCGCGUUCCAGCAGAGGAUCGACGCGAAGCUCGCCAAGAAGACGCGCCCUCCCCCGCCCACGCCCACGCCCCCGCCUUCGCCGCCGCGGCUGCCGCCCCCGCCGGACAGCGAGCGCAAGGUGGUGCUGUACCUCACCAGCCUGCGCGGCAUCCGCAAGACGUUCGAGGACUGCUGGGCCACGCGGUCCAUCCUGCACGGCUACGGCGUGCGCGUCGACGAGCGCGACCUGUCGCUGCACGGCGGGUUCAAGGACGAGCUGCACGCGGCGCUCGGCACGGCGGGGAGGCUGCCGCAGGUGUUCGUCGACGGCGGGCACCUCGGCGGCGCCGACGACGUCCGCCGCAUGCACGAGGCCGGCGAGCUGUCAAAGGCGCUGGAGGCCUGCGAGAUGGCACCGUCGGGCGGAGUUGGCGGCAAAGGGGUUGCUGCGGUAGAGGCGUGCUCCGGGUGCGGCGGCGUCCGGUUCGUGCCCUGCGAGGAGUGCUCCGGCAGCUGCAAGGUGUUCCUGGAGGAGCUCGACAGCUUCCGGCGCUGCCCCGAGUGCAACGAGAACGGGCUCGUGCGCUGCCCUCUCUGCUGCUUGUGACCGUGGGAUUUUCUUGCGAUCUCCGGCGAGCAAGUUCAGUUAAGAUGAUCGAUUGAUCUGUACAGUACAGAGAAGUGCAUAUAGCUUCUGUAACAUUAGGACUGAUCAGGUAACAUUUGUACUGUAUUAGUAGUUGAUUUUGCCGUGCUUGUUUCCUCCCUCUGGAGUCGAGUGUGUAAGGGGAAAUGACUGUAAAUCUGCAAUUUGAUGCUUUCAAUCGGCCAAGCACAUUGCUGAACUGAAGCAAGGCAAGCAAAACUGUGAGUGAAGCUCAGAA